CCAUGAGGCCCUUGAGAAGUUCUCUGGUGGUGGUGGCGUCGGUUGUCACCUCAGUAGUAGUAGAGGCGGGCAACUGCUCGAUCGCAGCGGCGAGGUACGGCUUGAUGGAUUUUCCUGCAAUAUCUGUGGACCGAUCGAAGUCAUCGGAGCCCCUCAGCUUCUGUGCGGAAUAUAGUGGCAAUACGUGUUGUGGUCUACGAGAUGACCUCCGAAUACGAUCGCGUUACGUCAAUCUCGUCGGUCGAGGUAUGGGUAAGGAGGACGGAGUGAGCCAGGAGUGUGCUGAUAUGCUGCGUAAGGUCGCUUGCCUGCCCUGUGACGGUUACCUGGCUAGUCAGUCUAAACUGCCGUCGAUUUGCGGGUCUUUCUGCGACUCCUGGUUCGAUUCCUGCCGAGGGGAUUUUUUCGCAGUUGUUGGCAGUGGCAACCAACUGGACCUAUGCGACCCGAAAUCAACCUUGAUAUGUGCCCGUCUGGACGAGAUAGUAGCUGACUCUGCCGAACUGUGCGAACGGUCUGGCCUUGGGCAAAUAACGGAGGAGGAGGAGGAAAGCGAAUGUUUUGAUGGUGUGCCCAAUCCGAACCAUCGGACCAGUGAGGUCGUAUGGAAGUCUGAGAAUCGAUAUGAAGAGGCUAUCUACGAGUGGGUUUAUAAAUACUUGAAAGUCAUCGUGUUAGCAGCAUUGGGGCUGUUCUUGGUCGUUGCGAAGAUGUACGCAAGGGGGCUGUCGUCGAUACGACGAGGUGAUGGGCGACGAGAUAACACUAGAGAUGCCCGGAAGGAGUUCCUCGACCGCUGGCAACGCCAACAUGAUGCUAAGACUGAUUGAAACAUUCGUUUGUCCAUCUACUGUUU